AUGAUGCGCGAGAAGGAGAAGGUGGAAUGGCAGCCAUAUGGUGCGGGUGAGAGCUUGGGGUACACCGAGGAGUUCCGCCUCAACCCGAUGUGCUUGCGGGAUAAGGAUCUCUGGCUUAUGCGGUGCCCACUGAUAUGCAACUGGGCGGUUGAGUUUCAUUUGCCGCAUCGCGUGUAUCGUCAGUUUGGUCUGUUCCAGCCUCACCCGCCGGACUGGGUGGACACGGACAAUGCACUUCAUAGGUUGGACAGGAGAAGGCAGCGGAAGAUAAAGGACUGGGACAAGCAUCAUGCUUCGUAUGUUACCCGCUUCCAGCUUUCUGUGGAGCAAGCUCGUAGCACUGCACGCGCCCCGCUUUGUGAGCACAGCCAACAAGCUUUUGAUAACUACGUACGAUGGUUUAUUGGAACUACUCGAGUUGAGAUAUUGCCGCCGGCAUAUAAUGAGGAUAUUCUUGAAGAACCCGUAAACUUUGAGGAUCUAGCAAAGGGGAAGUACAACAGAGAUGUCAGGAAAGGGCAAGGAGUGCCUGCUGUUCCGGUGAUUAACUAUGUGGUGAAGUGUUCCCUUCUUUACUUUCCCGUUGACUGUAUUACACAUGUUUGA